AGUCAAUUUAACCCCUCGACGCAGGGCAGGCAAAAAGAUCCCCAUAACAACCACGCGAAAACAACACAACAAGAUCUAAUAUUUGGAUCGAUAACGACUGCAAAACCAAUAAUUGUCUUUUUGUAUUUUGAAAUCAUAUUUUUCUGCCUUGCGCCAUGGACGGCGUCCAACUUCGCGAUGAAGCUGCCCAGGAUCGGGUGCGAGCCGCCGCCGAAUUCCUUGAUCCCAGCGAUACACGCGCAAGAAGCUACCGCGCAGAUAUUGUUUUGAUGCUCAAUCGGGGAUUGCGACGACUCAUAGUUAGCAUUGAUGAGAUCAGGGCGCAUAACCGCGAGCUUGCAGACGGACUUCUUACCUCUCCCUUUGACUAUUCUCAAGCUUUCGACAGAGCUUUGAAAGAAGUAGUCAAGACGUUGCCGAAUCGACCAUCCAAAGAGACAGCCGACGAUGUGAGCUACUAUUGCGCAUAUAUUGGUGCAUUUGGAGAGUUUUCGUGCAAUCCUCGAACAUUAGGAUCCUCGCAUUUGAAUCGCAUGAUUUCGCUGGAAGGCAUUGUCACUAAAUGCUCACUCGUCCGUCCCAAGAUUAUCCAAAGUGUUCACUAUAGCGAAAAGAAGGAUAGAUUUCUUGCGAGAAGAUAUAGGGAUCAGACCAUGACGGCUAGUGGCGCCACGAGCUUGAACGUUUAUCCCCAGGAGGAUGAUGAGAAGAAUCCGAUCAUCACUGAGUACGGCUACUCGACUUAUAUGGACCACCAGACGAUUUCCAUCCAAGAAAUGCCCGAGAGAGCGCCGGCUGGUCAGCUGCCCAGAAGCGUCGACGUGAUCCUGGAUGAUGAUCUGGUGGAUCGUGUGAAGCCUGGAGACAGAAUACAGCUAGUGGGUAUCUAUCGCACUCUAGGAAACCGAAAUGCUAGUGCUGGAUCAUCCACUUUCCGCACGAUAGUUAUGGCGAACAACAUCAUCCAGCUGUCGUCCAAAUCUGGAGGAGGGAUUGCACAGGCCACCAUCACUGACACCGAUGUGCGAAACAUCAAUAAAGUUUCCAAAAAGAAAGGCGUCUUUGAACUUCUGUCCCAGUCUCUUGCUCCCAGUAUCUAUGGUCAUGACCACAUCAAGAAGGCUAUCUUGCUCAUGCUGCUGGGCGGCAUUGAGAAAAACCUGGAUAAUGGCACUCACUUGCGUGGUGAUAUCAAUAUCCUGAUGGUUGGUGACCCAUCGACAGCGAAGUCUCAGCUUCUUCGAUUUGUGCUGAAUACCGCCCCCCUGGCCAUUGCCACUACUGGUAGAGGUUCGUCCGGUGUUGGUUUGACUGCCGCAGUCACAUCGGACAAAGAGACCGGUGAACGCAGGCUAGAGGCCGGUGCCAUGGUUCUUGGAGACCGUGGUGUGGUCUGUAUCGACGAGUUCGAUAAAAUGAGCGAUGUUGAUCGAGUCGCUAUUCACGAAGUUAUGGAACAGCAGACCGUGACGAUUGCCAAGGCUGGCAUCCAUACGAGUUUGAAUGCCAGAUGCAGUGUGCUUGCAGCAGCCAACCCUAUUUACGGCCAGUAUGACCCGCACAAGGAUCCGCACAAGAACAUUGCUCUGCCAGACUCUCUCCUGUCGCGUUUCGAUUUACUCUUUGUUGUCACAGAUGACAUUGAAGAUACGAGGGAUCGAUUGGUCUCAGAACACGUCCUUCGUAUGCACCGGUACCGUCAGCCGGGAUUGGAAGAAGGCGCGCCGGUGCGUGAACAACUCAACCAAAUGCUGGGUGUCGGGCUCGAGGACAACCAUGAGGCGGAUGGACCAACCGAUGUUUAUGAGAAGUUCAACGUUAUGCUUCAUGCGGGUAUGAUAAAUACCGGCCGGGGCAAAGGACGCAAUAUCGAGAUCCUGAGCAUCCCCUUUAUCAAGAAAUACAUCCAGUAUGCCAAGUCCCGAGUCAAGCCCGUCUUGACCAAGGGUGCUGCCGAUCACAUUGUUGCGACGUACUCAGCACUGCGAAAUGAUGAACUGUCCGGCAACCAGCGCCGGACGUCCCCAAUCACCGCCCGUACGCUGGAGACUCUUAUCCGUCUGUCCACAGCCCAUGCGAAGGCCCGUCUGUCGAGCCGUGUUGAGGAGCGUGAUGCCAAGGUUGCCGAGUCUAUCCUGCGAUUCGCCAUGUUCAAGGAGGUCCUUGAAGACGAGCGCCGCAAACGGAGGAAGCUCGCCUCUUUUGAUGACGACUCAGACUCGGCCGAGGAUAGUGAUGCCGACUCGGACGAUGACGAGCAACAGACCACCCGGAACGACUCCACGGAAACACCUCGCACGAGCACCCGCAGUGGUACGCUCCGAGCACGGUCUUCUGUACCUCAAGCGAGCACCGUCAACGAAAACGGGGAUGAAGAUCUCUCGGAAGAUGGUGACGGGCUCUACAACUCUAGCCCGCGUGGCCAGCGCCUCCGCUCAAGCCAGCGAACCCGCACACAGACCGACACGCAGUCACAGUCGCAGUCGCGGAUGUCCGUAGCCUCGUCCCAGCCAGCUUCACAGCUCAUUCACUCGCAGACCAACGACUCGCAAUCACAGAUCGACUCGAGUGCCGCAGCUUCUACGCAACCCAUCCAACCCGCCCGGUUGGCGCUGUUCCGCUCCACCCUCGGCCCGCUGAUGGGUAGCGUGCUCUUCGCAAACGGGGACACAGCUCCCGUCGAGGACCUUAUCGCUUCUGUCAACGCAGCGAUCAGUACGGCGCCUGGCCUGGGAGCUGCGCAAGUCUUCCCGCGCGGCGAGGCUGUUCAGGCUCUGCAAGCCAUGAACGAAAGCAACCAGUUAAUGUAUCUCGAGGAAGAAGAAACCGUUUACCGCAUUUAAAGCAUAGUGUUCAUCGGACAUCGUUGGUCACGCACGUACUAGGCAGUCAGGUUCGGCGUUGGGAGGUACAUAACAUAUACUCGGUUUUAAUGAAGUUGAAUGAUUAUGGAGUAGGAGUAGUUCUACCGUCUGAUUUUCCAUCUAGAUAUCUAUUUCUCUUUUGUA